GGGGAAAAGGCCGGAGCCGGGCGGUGAUUGGCUGCGCGGCUCCGCGCGUGCGCGCCGGGCCCCGCCCCGCUGCCACGUCCGUGAGGCGCUAAGCCGGCGGUUGGCGCCGGGGCCGCGUGCGCGGGGCGAACACCUCUCGCAGCCAUGAUGCCUGUUGCAACCGUGAUGCCUGAUGACACGCCGAUGUUUGACCCCAGUAUUCUUCACGAGCUUGACUGGAGCGAGAACACGACAACGUUUUCUCCUGCUAUUUCUCCGCUGGAGCCAGGAGAUGGCCUAGUAAUGAGACCACUGUGCACGGCUGAUGUAAAUCGAGGCUUUUUCAAGGUUCUGGGUCAGCUGACUGAAACGGGAGUUGUGAGCCCAGAGCAGUUUAUCAAAACCUUUGAGCACAUGAAGAGAUCUGGAGAUUACUACGUUACUGUCGUAGAAGAUACAAAUCUCGGGCAGAUUGUUGCUACAGCAACGCUGGUUAUAGAACAUAAGUUCACUCACUCCUGUGCAAAGAGAGGAAGGAUAGAAGACGUAGUAGUAAGCGGGGAGUGCAGAGGAAAGCAGCUUGGGAAACUAUUAACGUCCACUCUUACACUACUAAGUAAGAGACUGAACUGUUACAAAAUCACGCUGGAGUGUCUGCCAAAAAACGUGGCUUUCUACAAGAAGUUCGGCUACUCGGUAUCUGAAGAAAACUACAUGUUUCAACGGUUCUUUAAUUAAGAACUUCUAGUGAUUUUUUUUUUGUAAAGACUGUUGGUGGAGGAGCUUGUGCUACAAACCGUUCUAAUAAUGGAAAAUUUAUAUAGUUUAUUGCUGCAAAUAUAAUGAUCCCUAUAAAUACUGAACAUCAAAUGUGUAAAUCUUGCAAAAAAAAAAAAGCAACUUACAAUUUAGGAGGGUUCUCUGGGUUAGCUCUUAGAACUAAUUUUUACUACUGUUCAGUGUAAGUGAAGCUCUUUUGUUCUAGCUGAGUUACAAAGGACUCUCGUUAAAGGGAUGGUUUUUAACCAAAGGUAUAUAUUUUUAUCUCAAAUUUUUUCUUGCCUCGUAUUUUUCUAAAGGUUUGCGCUUCUUUUCUUGGUAGCCAAAGUGCAGCUCGUGGGGUCGUGCUCCUGGCUGUGCUUCACUGAAGAAUGAUGUAGCUUGGGCAGGGAGGCUUCUCGGACGCAGAGGUGGUGACACAGGAUGGGAAUUUGUUCCUUUUGUGAAAUCUCACUUAAGUGCUGGUGACGUUAGAGUACCUAAAGUUUUAUAGGCACUAUUUUCUGGAUUUGUUACUGUUAGUGCAGGUUAGGGGCUCUGAUUAAGGUGAUGGUGAGUUUAGAUAGUUUUUAAUGCAGGGGCCCUGCACUUUAGCUGAUAACUUGAUUUGUUUUCAGGAUAAUUAUGUUUUCUGACAGACAAACCCAUGGUUUGUGACAGGGCAAAGGAAACUGGAAUGCCUGACAGAAGGCACCCCACUCUUAGUGGGGCUUCUGCUAGCGCUCAGUGGGAAUGUUAAUGCCUUCCUCUACGAAGGCAGAAACGCGUUCAGCUUCACCAAAUCCACCUGACCACCGCGCUGUACUUGAACUCCGUAGGGCUGCUUCAGCCGUGGUUUUGCUGGUGACCACUUCUACCUACAGCAGUGCGACCCGGCACGGAAAUCCCAGGCUCUGGUCCCGAGGGGUUGCUGCUGCUUCGUAGAGCAUCCCCCUUGCUGUAAGAUUGGAUAAACAAUUUUAGCACUUUUGCCCCCGGUGGCAAGCAAAUAACGUACAAAGCCCCGACUUCAACAGUAGCGUUUUGUGCAAAGGGAGUGACAAAUCCCACGUCCGUGAAUAGGGCAUUAUAAACACAGGAGGGUUCUGCAGACCAGCCGGGCUUGUUUGUGAGCAGGCAGGCCUUACAAAACGUUCUUUCGUCGUGCUGUGGAGAGCUCCUUUAAGCCGUGGUGCGGGGUUCUAUUUAAUGUUCCUGAUGGUACUCCACUCAAUAUAGUGUUUCCUUGAUAAUGUCUGUUUUAUUUAUUAUUUUUUAAAAAUCUUUGUUUAAGCUGAAUAAAUUAAGACUGCCAACUGUA